AUGUUAGGUCUUGUAGGUCUUGGCCUAGGCGUCACGAUAUCAGUGGUGGACAUGCUUAAUGGGCGGCAAUUAAAGGAAGAGCGUGAACUGCGACAACGGGCUGAGCAGCGUGCCGAAGAGGAAAAAAGGCGUGCUGAAGAGGAGAAACGACGCGCCGAGGAGGAAAGACAACGUGCUGAACAGGAGCGCCGAGAUCAUCCAGCCGAACCCAACAUCUCAGCCAACGACAUUGAAGAGGCCAGACGCGACAUCAACUACGACCCAGAUGCCACCAACAUAGCUGUCGCGGGCAACGUCAACUCCGGCAAGUCAUCACUUCUAAAUGCCAUUCGAAACCUAGGCAAAGACGACCCUGGCUGGGCUCCAACCGGUGCUUCAGAGGUGACAGCGCAGCAGCAUCGUUACCCUGAUCCAGUCCACAACUGCAUCUGGUAUGAUACUCCAGGGUCUGGGACCCAGAGCGUCACGGCAUUUCGCUACUAUUACAGCCAGAGGCUGUUUGCAUAUGACAAGGUCAUUCUGGUACAUGAAACGACGCUGACCGAGCCCGACAUCCGUCUACUACAGGUCUGCAAUCAUUUCAAGCAGCCGUGCAUCGUGGUGAGGACAAAGUCCGACAUGCACAUCUACAAUUACCAAAAGGAGCUGGAAUGGACUCAGCAGGAAGCCAGAGAGGCGUUUCUCCGCGAAGUCCGCGAAGAUGUUGCUCGCUUUACAGCACAAGCUGAGGCGGCACAGGCCAGCUUUGCGCCUCAGUUUGACGACUUUGUCGUCUCAACGACAGGCAUUCGGGCCCUUGUUCGAGGACGAAGAUCGCCUGAUGAGGUGGACGAGAUUCGUUUCUUUGAGGCAUUGGGUCUGCGAGGUGGACUUGAACAAGGAAUAGCGAAGUAA